UCCCCGCGCCCGGCUCCCUGAGCCCACUCGCCCCGCCAUGGCGGACAGCGCGAGCGAGAGCGACACCGACGCGGCGGGCGGCGGCCCGGCAGCCAUGCAGUCCUCCUGCUCCGCGACCUCGGGCGGCAGCGGCGGGGGCGGCGGCGGGAAGUCGGGGGGCAUUGUCAUCUCGCCGUUCCGCCUGGAGGAGCUCACCAACCGCCUGGCCUCGCUGCAGCAGGAGAACAAGGUGCUGAAGAUCGAGCUGGAGACCUACAAACUCAAGUGCAAGGCGCUGCAGGAGGAGAACCGCGACCUGCGCAAAGCCAGCGUGACCAUCCAAGCCAGGGCUGAGCAGGAAGAAGAGUUCAUCAGCAACACUUUAUUCAAGAAAAUCCAGGCCUUGCAGAAGGAGAAGGAGACCCUCGCCGUCAACUACGAGAAGGAAGAGGAAUUUCUCACCAAUGAGCUCUCUCGGAAACUGAUGCAGCUGCAGCAUGAGAAAGCAGAGCUGGAGCAGCAUCUGGAGCAGGAGCAGGAGUUUCAGGUCAACAAGUUGAUGAAGAAGAUUAAAAAGCUGGAGAAUGACACCAUCUCCAAGCAGCUCACCUUAGAGCAGUUGAGACGGGAGAAGAUUGACCUGGAAAACACACUGGAGCAAGAACAAGAGGCGCUGGUGAAUCGGCUGUGGAAGAGGAUGGAUAAGCUGGAAGCUGAAAAGAGGAUCCUACAGGAGAAAUUAGACCAGCCUGUGUCUGCCCCGCCAUCGCCUAGAGACAUCUCCAUGGAGAUUGAUUCUCCUGAGAACAUGAUGAGGCAUAUCAGAUUUUUAAAGAACGAAGUGGAGCGGCUGAAGAAGCAGCUGCGAGCAGCCCAGCUACAGCAUUCAGAGAAGAUGGCGCAGUACUUGGAGGAGGAGCGGCACAUGAGAGAAGAGAACCUGCGGCUGCAGCGGAAGCUCCAGAGGGAGAUGGAGAGGAGGGAGGCACUGUGCCGCCAGCUCUCGGAGAGCGAAUCCAGCUUGGAGAUGGAUGACGAAAGGUAUUUUAAUGAGAUGUCUGCUCAAGGAUUAAGACCUCGCACUGUGUCCAGCCCAAUCCCUUACACGCCUUCUCCCAGUUCAAGCAGGCCUAUAUCACCGGGUCUUUCGUAUGCAAGUCACACGGUUGGUUUCACGCCACCAACCUCGUUGACCCGAGCUGGAAUGUCCUACUACAACUCUCCGGGUCUCCACGUUCAGCACAUGGGGGCCUCCCACGGCAUCACGAGGCCGUCGCCGCGGAGAAGCAGCAGCCCCGACAAGUUUAAACGGCCCACGCCGCCUCCAUCUCCCAACACACAGAGCCCUGUCCAGCCUCCUCCACCGCCUCCUCCGCCCCCCAUGCAGCCGGCGGUCCCCUCGGCAGCGGCUGCAGCCACCUCACAACCCACUGCCCCGUCGCAGCAGCAGCAGCAGCAGCAGCAGCAGCAUUCCGUGCACCCCUCCUCCCAGCCUUAA